AUGACAGCUUUACGAUUGAAUUGCCGCUGGAGCGGCGGAAGACAGAAUCUCGAAGGGAUAACUGCAGAGACUACCCUUGAGGAUCUCAUCGCUCAGAUAUGGUCUCUGUCGGGAGUCGAGCCUUCCGACCAGAUCCUUCGUUCUGGCUACCCUCCUACCCUAAUUGACAUGCAAGAUCUCUCCGUCAGUUUGUCGACAGCUGGUAUCACCAAUGGCUCCCUGAUUGCCGUAGAAACUAAAUCCAAAAAAGAGUUCCAAACUGACGAAACUCCAAUAGUAGAUCUAACCAAAGCAGAAACUGCUUCCCAAUCGAAGAAAAGUUCAGGGAUGCGGCGAUUCGACGUUCCAGGCGACAAUCACUGCUUGUUCUAUUCGAUUUACUUCUUGAUGAACGAGGGCGUGCUCGAAAAGUCAAAGGCGCGGCAGCUGCGCGCUACCGUCGGCCAAUACGUGAUGCAGCCUUCAAGCAGCUUCACCGAGCUGGUACUUGGGAAGCCGCAGGACGACUACGCCGCGUGGAUUCAAUCCAACAACAGCUGGGGCGGAGCAGUCGAAGUGAAAAUAUUCAGCAAUCUUUAUCGCGUCGAAAUUCACGCGGUCGACAUUAUGACCGGCCGAAUCGACAAGUACAACGGUGGUAAAUAUCAACAGAAGAUUUUCUUGCUGUACGAUGGAAUCCACUACGACCCGCUUUACUGGGAGUUUGAAGAGCAAGGAUUGCCAAAGCAAACUGCCUUUCAAUCAGAUGACAUGACCUCAGAACUUGGCGCUGUUGAAAUCGCCAGAGUUCUUCAAGCUGCUCGACAAUACACCGAUGUUUCAAAGUUCAGCAUAAAAUGCGAAGUCUGCGCGAAAUAUCUCGAGGGCGACAGAGAAGCCGCUUUACAUGUUCAAGAAACUGGUCACAUGCAAUUCGUGGAAAUUUGA